UCCUCUCUGGAACAAGUGCCAUCCGUCACUGGCAGGCAGGGCCCUUGGGGGUCUGUCUCUUCCACAUCAGAAGAAUUAUAGCCAUGGUGAACUCAGGCCUGUGGGCAACAGAAGUAAGAAUGUCUAAGCCCUUGGAACUGGAGAAGGUGCGCCUGGAGCUGCAAGAAGACCACACAGAUACAGAAAGAAAUGGACCUGACACAAACCAUCAGACUCAGCAGAGCAAACCUUCCCCGUUCUCCCCAUCCCCCACAGUCACGGGCACCAAGAUCAAAGCUGAAGACUCUACAGAAAUGCCUCCAGCCCCAGCCCCAGCCCCACAAGCUCAGCAGCCGCACCUACCCCAGGCUCAGCUCAUGUUAGCGGGCAGCCAACUUGCUGGGCUCACUGCCCUGAUGCCCGCUCAACAGCAGCUGCUCCUGCAGCAGGCGCAAGCACAGCUUUUGGCGGCUGCCGUACAGCAGUCUAAUGCUGCCGCCGCCGCCGCCGCCUCCUCUCAGCAACCUGGGUCUGAACUGCCAGCACCACAGAGCCAGCCCCAGGCGCCCCAGCUGGCCUUGUCCCAACCAAUCCAACUCACGGCACAGGAUAUCCAGCAGCUGCUGCAGCUCCAGCAGUUGGUCCUUGUCCCAGGGCACCCUCUCCAGCCACCUGCACAGUUCCUGCUGCCACAGGCCCAGCAGGGACAGCAAGGGCUGCUUCCGACACCAAAUUUAUUUCAGCUACCUCAGCAGAAUCCAGGGAGUCUCCUGCCGAACCAGCCUCGUGCAGGACUCCCAGCACAGCAAGUGACUCGGCCUGGCCUCCCCGAGUCUCACCUCAGUCACUCACAGCCGCCCAAAUGCCUGGAGACCCCUUCUCACCCCGAGGAGCCCAGCGACCUGGAAGAGCUGGAACAGUUUGCUCGCACCUUCAAACAACGGCGCAUCAAACUGGGCUUCACGCAGGGUGAUGUGGGUUUGGCUAUGGGGAAGCUUUAUGGGAACGACUUCAGCCAAACAACCAUCUCGCGCUUUGAGGCACUGAACCUCAGCUUCAAGAACAUGUGCAAACUCAAACCCCUUCUGGAGAAAUGGCUGAAUGACGCUGAGACAAUGUCCGUGGACUCCACGCUUCCCAGCCCCAACCAGUUGAACAGUCCCAAUCUUGGUUUUGAUGGGCUGCCGGGCCGACGUCGCAAGAAACGGACUAGCAUUGAGACCAAUGUCCGCUUUGCAUUGGAAAAAAGCUUUCUAGCGAACCAGAAGCCUACCUCAGAGGAGAUCUUACUUAUUGCCGAACAGUUGAACAUGGAGAAGGAGGUGAUUCGUGUCUGGUUCUGCAACCGCCGCCAGAAGGAGAAACGGAUCAACCCUUGCAGCUCUGCUCCCAUUUUGCCUGCCCAGAGCAAGCCUGCUGGCUACAGCCCUCACAUGGUGACCAGCCCAGGCACAGGUUUGCCCCUCUCCCAGGCUUCCAGUAGUCUGAGCACAACAGUUACUACCUUGUCCCCAGCAAUCUGCUCCCUAACCCCCAGUCGGACAGCGGUUGGAGCAGGGGGCACCGCCCUCAACUCGGUCACGCCACCCCCAAGCAACAGCACAAAUCCCAGCCCUCAGAGUAGCAGCCAUCCAGCUCUCAGCUUGCAAGGCCUGAAUCCCAGUACGGGAAGCACAGUGCUAGGGGUGAAUGCAGGGUUAAACCCAGCGCUAAUGGCCACCAACCCACUGGCCACCAUACAAGCCCUGGCCAGUGGUGGAAGCCUGCCAAUUACCAGCCUUGAUGCCAGUGGUAACUUAAUCUUGGGUACCACUGCAGGCACAACUGGAAGCCAGAGCAUCGUGACCUCGCCGCUCUUCCUCAACCACGCGGGCCUGCCUUUGCUGAGUGCUGCCCCCGGAGGCGUGGGGCUGGUGUCAGCAGCUGCUGCCGUGGCUGCUUCUAUGCCUAGCAAGUCCCCUACCCUGACUUCCUCCUCCUCCUCUUCCUCUUCCUCCUCCUCUUGUUCCUCAUGCAGCUCCUCCAGUGACAUGGCGCAGACAAUGGGGCAAGUUGGACCCGGAACCACCGAACCGGAUGCCAAGACGGAGUGAGGACUCAGGCGCAUGCAUCCACGCUGCCUUUUCUGACAUGGCGGGGGUAGCCAGGAGUGGACGUACAAAACCGACACAUGAAACCAAAAAAAAAAAACACCAAAACCCAAGCAAACCAAAACCACCAAAACCAAACAUAGAAAUGUCAGCAACAGCCAAAUGAAAACAAAAACAAAAAAACCAACAACCAAAAAAUAAGCAAACAAGCAAAGCAAAAAGUGGGGGGGGAAAAAAGGAAGAAACCAAAAAACAAAAGUUCCCCAAAUCUUUGGCAUUCAUUUGUUUUUCCCCUCUGCAAAAGGAGACAGUCGAUGGUCUGUUUGAUUUUUUUAAUGAUUUAUCUUUUUUUUCUUUCAUCUGCUCGUUUCCUGGACAGUAUCAGAAAGGAAACCAAUAAAUGGGGAUAUUUUUUUUGUAAAAAAAAAAAAGAAAAAGAAAAAAAUACUUUUAAAAGAACCUUUAAAAAUCCUUAAGGGGAAUACAGAUCUCACACCAAAAAUCACCAGUUCUAGCUUCACCCAAAGCUUUUUACAAACUUUUCUAUCUUCAGUGUCUGGUCGAAUGUCUUUCAAAAUGCUUUUAUUUAUUCUUAUUUAUUCUUUCUCUUUUCCUUGGAUCCGGAAAGGGUUGGGUAGGAAAAGAAUGGAUUGAUUUAAUUUCAGGAUCUUCCUAUAAAUAUUUUCUUUAUUUUUUAAAUGGUUAACAAAUGUUUCUGCUUUUUUUUUUUUUUUGCUCUUUUUUUUUUUCUUAAAUGAAACAAAUAAGAAGCUUUAUACAAAUAGGGGGAUUCUUAUAAGAAAUGAAGGCUAGGAUUUUCAAAGGCAAUAAACGAAAAUCAGACACCGGGUUCCCACUCUGGAAACUGGUUUCUUGAUGGAUGUCCUGCAAUGAGUUAUCUUAUAAAAUUAUUUCCGCUGCUUCUUGUUUGCAAAGAGGUUAUUGGAUUAUUCAGCCCAGGGAUAGGCUCCACCAAAGGAGUUGUGAUCACAAAAUUCAGAUUACUUGCCAGCCAAAAUCUGUAUUGCCGGUAGUUCUUUGGGGCUUGAAGCAAGGAGGAGGUAGGGAACCAUUUUACAAAAUUUCUUUGUUGAACGCUCUCCUCCUGAGAUAUGGAUAUACAUUGCAAGCAUUUGGUGCAUCAAAACCCAGAUAAUUGCAAUGCUUGUUUCUGUCUCUCUCAAAAAAACCUCCCUCAUUCCUACAAUAAGGAUGAAGGAGUUACGUCCGGUUGGAAUUACUUUAUUACUAUUAGCAGGGCUACUCAGAGGGUAUAUAACAUAAGUACUUUUUGCAGGACAAGAGGCAGUAUUGAAAGUCACAGUCUUCAAAUUUUUAAGGAUGGGCAGCACUAAAUCUAUGCUUUUUUUCUAUCGGCUUGAACCUUUUCUUUGCCAGCUUUAAUUUUCUAUUGAGCUUAGUGGCGGGGGGGAAUUGUUUUUAAUUGGUUUUGCCUGGGGUUAGUAUCAGGGGUUAUUUUUCUGAAAAUGGGAUGUGUGGUUUUUUAUUUUUAUUGUUAUUAUUAUUAUUUUUAUAGCUGUGUUCUGAAAAAAAAUACUCAUAUUCCAGUGCCUGACAAAAACCAAAACAAAAAAAAUAUAUAUGGGAAUUUCAGCAUUCUUUACAUUUUUCAGAAAAAAAACCAAAAAUUGAUAGACAUCACUACAGAAAACACCAAAACGAAGACCACUGGGGAAUAUAAAUAAAAGCAAAGACAGAAGAGGGAUAAAAAAAAAAUCUUCUCAGAAAGUGGGUAUCACAGAGACUCGGAGGCGAGAGAAACUUUUAACCAAAAAGAACCAACCAAGCGAACAAAAGAAGCUAAAAUGAAUAACCACAAGAAACUUUUAAACGAAGAAGAAAGGAUGAAAAAAAAAUGUGUGGGAAUAAAGGGGACAUCUUUACUUUCUCUGGUUAAGACAAAAUGGCUCAACCGUCUUUCUCUGUCCUGAUUAAAAAAAAAAUACCUCAUGGAAAGUUGUGUUGAGAAGCCAAGAUUUUAUAAAUGGCAAAGAGACAAAUAAAUAAGUAAAACCAAAUCAACUGAAGUGAGAAGGCAAGAUCAUAAGAUCCUGUGACUUUCUCCCGGAAGUCUGGAAAGCUUUAAAAAUGGCUUCUCAAAACACUGAUUUUAUUUUAUUUUUUAAACUUUUUUUUUUGUACAUUUCUUUUCUUGGUCUUUGGUUUCGUUCUAAACUGGAUGGUUUGGGAUCUUUUUUUUUUUUUAAUACGUUGGGUGGGUUAAUUGAUGUUUUGGGGGCUCUUUGAAUGUUUGUCUUUUAUUUUCAAACUCCUGCGAACCAAAGUUUUGCUGUUGCAGAGAAGGAAGUUAGCCAUGGCAUACUGCGAUCUGGUAGAAAACAAAAAAAAACCAAACCAAAAGGACAGAGUUAAAAAAAAAAGAUAAACAAGCAAACAAAAAAAGUACUUUGAACCUUUCUUAAAGGACAGAAACAAAAAACCCUCAACCUCAUUUUAUCUCCUGCUUUUGCUGUGCUCUAACGUUCAGGUGGGUUUGAGAUAACAAAAGAAAAAAAAAUACUGUGAAACUUUCCAAAAACAGAAACAAAUCAACAAAAAACCCCAAACAAACCAGGAAACACCUAGUUUAAAAGACUGACUUGAAAAAAAGGAAAAGUUUUCAUCCCAUUCUGUGCGUGAGUGAGAGAGAAACGCCAAGUAUUUAUUCAACCCUUUUUAAGAUUUUCAGUUAUGGUAUAAUGGACAUCUGAGGGGGGGAAAAAACAUUGGAGAGAAAUAUUUCUCUCGUUUUCUCUCUCUUUCUCUCUCUCUCUCUCAUGUGCUACUGAACGUGUUUCUAGGUGGAAUGUAACUGUUUUAGUGAUCUUUGUUAUUUUCCUUUCCUUUUUACUUUUUUUUGGGGGGGUAUCUAUUUUUUUUUAAUAGAGAAAAAUUCUAUGUUCCGCUUUAUCGCUUCUUACUGUAUUAAGAAAAAAAGACAAAAAACAAACGGUAAAGGUUUGCAACAAAAAAAAAAGAUAAAAAAGGGAAAAAAAGGAAACAAAAAACAAAACAAAAAAAAUACCAAAAACCAAAAUGUGUUUUUUUUUUCUUUAAAAAAAAAAAAGAAUUGAUUCUAGACCAAAAAUGACCCUAUCUCCAUGCAUGGAGCUGAGUGGUGGCUGAAUGGCGUGGAGGGAAAACCCUCAAGAUUUUAGAGGGCAAGUAAGGAUGUUGGGAAGUAGGUUAGAUUGCUAUCAACCUGGAGAUGAGGAGGAGCAGCAGUUUUUUCUUCCAGAAAGAUGAAAAAGGGGGCGGCUGGUAAUUGCUCCCUCUUUUGCCUUCAAAAAACCAGCCAAUUGUUUGACCGGAGUGAGACAGAAGAAAAAAUAUACACAAGCAGGUUGUAGAUACGAUACCUCUUUUUAAAGGUUGGCUUUAGCUUUAAGAAAGGAAAUACGGGAGAGACAUCUAAACCAUGGGGGGACAUCGCUAUCUCCCCCCUUCCCUUCCAAAUGGCUGAUUAUAUAAGACGUGAAACAUAAAACUAAUUUUGCUGUAGGGAUGCUUGAGUUUGAUGGAUCCAGAGCAAAAAAAAAAAAGGCCUGAUCUUUAGUUUUCAAUUGGCCAAUGAUUUUAUUGAUAGGUCAAAGUCCAUAACCAACUGUACCUCUCUAGUCCAGGGAUCUCCAACCUUGGCAACUUUAAGCCUGGUGGACUUCAACUCCCAGAAUUCCCCAACCAGCAAAGCUGGCUGGGGAAUUCUGGGAGUUGAAGUCCUCCAGACUUAAAGUUGGCAUCGUUGGAGACCCCUGCUCUAGUCCGCAUACUUCUUCAACUGGCUGGUUUAAAAAAAGAGAGAGAGAGAGAAGACACUUGAAAAAUAGCUGCAUCUUUCUGUUCUGCUGAGCUCCCCCACUUCUAGGAGUUUUAGAAGGAGGAAGGAAAUAAGAGUAAAACCAAAGCUGUCAAACCAAAUAUUUGCUCACAUGCCUGCGUGCCAGUGCCUGUCCCAGGGUUGGUGGGGGGGGGGGCACAAGGGAGGGAGACAGGCUAACCACCCCCCUCCCUCUCCUUACAGUGCCAAGACAUCCACCACGAGGCUCUUUGGAGAUAGCCCGCCAUAUACCUCAUAUACUUUAAUGAUAAACCAAAUAGAAAAGCUUUAUUAAGGGUGUGUGCCGUACAGGUCUGUUUGGGGCGGUGGGGGAAUCGGGCGCAGCAUCCCUCUCACCCCCAUGGUGGGAAACCACCAGCAGGACAGCCCAGGUCCAACGAAAUCUGAUCUAUUGAGCUCCUAGGGUUCCAGGGGAGACGUUUUUAAUCUGGGAAAAAAGGACGACGUGGUUAGGAUGGAACCAUGACAAAGGACUGAAGACUGCAUCCACGAAGACGUGAGAGAGAAGGAAAAAGGAAAAGGAAAAGAGGAAAAAAAAAAAGACAAUAGGGGCUGGACAUUGCUCUGCGGGCCUCGCUUCCCCGAUGUAAGUGGCACUUUGUACAUCAGGGUUAAAUUGGAGGAUAGCUGGAAUUCAGCUGUGAUGCAAGAGCAUUUUUUUUUUUUGGUAUCGGAAGAAAGUUGAAGCUGGGCUUUUUUUUUUUGUUUCUCGUUGGACACGAAUCUCCCUUUAGAAACCUUGACUUGGGACCACGUUCGGGUCUAAUCGGAAGGUCCUCUGCCUUCCAUGAACUGGCUUCUCCAGGUUGCUCUCUGAUCAACUUUGACCAGUGUUGAGGUUAAUGUGAAGAAAAAAAAAAAGGGAAUCUCGUUUAUAUGCCCAGGAAAGUCGGUCAGUUUGAUAGCGCCUAGAGGAGUGGAUCAAAUGGGCUGGCCUUUUGCAUGAAGGAUGCUGCACUAGAACCCAGUUUCUUGCCGACACCACCCCAACAUGACUGGCCUGUUGCUGUAGCCGACCUGGGGAGCAGUGGGAAAAUCGUGUGAUAACUUUGCCAAAGGUAGUUAGUUCCUAGUAUUCAUUUUUUUUUUACAUUUUUAAUCUUCCGGGGUCUGAUCCUGUCUUGUUAAUUUAUUUGUAACUGUGGGGCUUAGAAGUGACUUGAAAAAAAAAUGAUGAUGAUGAUGAUGAUGAUAAUGUAACAAAUAUUCUGAGUGCUUUUUUAAUUUGUUCUUUCAUUUGGUUCUGUCGUGGUUU